GGCAGAAGGCGAUUCCGGCCUCUGUUGGGGGUCGCGCCAGCCCGUCCUCAGCCUCGGAGCGGAGCGGUGUCUCAGUUGCACCGUUCCCCCUCGGCCUCUGCCGGAAGUGCCGGCCGGCCUUCGGGGCGGGGGCGGCGCUGAGGAAGCCGGCGCAGGGGUCGGACCGGGCGGUGACUGCAGGCCGCUUCCCCCGGCGGGGAAAGGGCCAUGAACGGCACCGCGAACCCGCUGCUGGACCGCGAGGAGCACGGCCUGAAGCUCGGCGAGAGCUUCGAGAAGAGGCCCAAGUCCUCCUUCCACACCAUCCGCUAUGAUUUUAAACCAGCGUCCAUAGACACCUCUUGUGAGGGAGAACUCCAGGUGGGCAAAGGCGAUGAGGUCACAAUCACCCUGCCGCACAUUCCUGGAUCUACACCUCCAAUGACUGUGUUCAAAGGAAACAAAAGACCGUAUCAGAAAGACUGUGUUCUCAUCAUUAAUCAUGACACCGGUGAAUAUGUGUUGGAAAAACUCAGUAGCAGCAUUCAGGUCAAGAAGACCAGAGCUGAGGGAAGCAGCAAAAUUCAGGCUCGAAUGGAACAGCCCCCUGCUCGGGCACCACCUCCACCACCACCUCCUCCUCCUCCUGUACCAUUUAGAGCCCCAAUGAAACCACCAGUUGGACCAAAAACCUCACCUGUGAAAGAUAACCCUUCACCUGAACCCCAGUUGGAUGACAUUAAGAGAGAGCUGAGAGCAGAGGUCGAGAUCAUCGAACAGAUGAGCAGCAGCAGCGGGAGCAGCUCUUCAGACUCCGAGAGCUCCUCAGGCAGUGACGAUGACAGCUCUAGCAGUGAAGGGGACGAGCCGGCCGCCCGGGCCUCCCCCUCCCAGCCUCCUCCCCAGCAGUUCAGUCACAGAAACCCUGUGGCCAAUGGCACGAGCCGGCCCCCAGGAAACAACCAGCUGAUGAACACUCUGCGAAAUGACUUACAAUUGAGUGAGUCUGGCAGUGACAGUGAUGACUAGCCUCGGAGCUUCCUGCCUCUGUCCCUUUGGAAGGAGAUCAUGUGGUGGUAGCAGGACACAGCACCAAGGAGAGCGCCUGGGGAUUAGUGAGCACUGAGGGGCUGUCACCGAGCACCGGUGCUCUUGUAUAUACUAUGUGAAUACAGUUUUAAAAGUUUUACCUAGGUCUGUAGAGUAAAUAACUAGGAGGGCUGUUUUUGGUUAAUGUUGUGGAUGGAAACCUGAACAGUUGGGGGAGGGGGAAUCUUGGUCGUUGAAAGGCUGAGUGAUAGACAUCCUUGGCAGUCACGAGUUUGGACGUGUCAUCUUCAUUGCUGAAGCAAAUUAUUUGGCCUUUGCGGGGAAAGCAGCACCCCUGAAGUGAGUUCAAGCCUCUUCUAAUUAUUGCCCAUGUGGAGAUGAAGGCUGUAUCCUUCCUUGCCUAAUUAGACCUGACCUGUUAGGCCAGUGGAGACACUUAGGCAUAGA